AUGCGGCUCUUAUACUACAGAGAAGAUGGGGUGUUCAGUGUCACUGAUGACUUGGUCGACGCAGACGCAAUACCUCCCUACGCAAUCCUGUCUCAUACCUGGGGAGCGGACGAGGAAGAGGUGACCUUCGACGAUCUCGCAAGGAACAUGGGCAAGGGCAAGCCGGGCUAUAGGAAGAUCCAGCUGUGUAGAGAGCAGGCACAGCGCGAUGGCUUGCAGUACUUCUGGGUCGACACCUGCUGCAUCAACAAGGCGAACAAGGCUGAGCACUCGCUGGCCAUCCGGUCCAUGUUCCACUGGUACCGCAAUGCAGCCCGAUGCUACGUCUACCUGUCGGAUGUGUCUGCUUCGUCUCUUCCAGUCGAAGGAGCAGCCAGCCCGCCGCCUUGGGGCUCAGAGUUCCGACAAAGCAAGUGGUUCACGCGCGGCUGGACGCUGCAGGAGCUUCUCGCGCCCGGCGUGGUCGAGUUCUACUCGCACGAAUGGCACAGACUCGGUGACAAGAUGUCGCUAAAGACUAUUAUUCAUGAAGUGACAACCAUCCCCUACGCAGUGCUUGAUGGGGCUCCUCUCUCUCAAUCUAGCGUCCAAGAGCGAUUUCGUUGGGGACAGAACCGGCACACGAAGCUCAAGGAAGACGCAGCGUACUGUUUGUCCAGCAUCUUUGGUGUCGAUGUGGCGCCUAUAUAUGGUGAAGGCACAGAGGGAGCCUUUAGACGGCUUACUGACGAGAUUCGGAAGCUGGAAGAGAACGUCCGGAGGCUGGAAGAGAACGUCCGGAAGCAGGAACAGUGCCUUCGUGACUUACGUCCUACCGAUCCCCGCGACGACAAGAAGCGCAUCGAGGACACAAAGGGCGGCUUGUUGGAGGGCUCGUACCGCUGGGUGCUUGACAACAGUAGCUUCCAGCAGUGGCACAACGGUCCACAGAGUCAGCUCCUGUGGAUCAAAGGCGAUCCUGGCAAGGGCAAGACGAUGCUGCUCUGUGGCAUCAUUGACGAGCUGCAGAAGACGGUUGCUAGCACUGCGUCUGUGUCCUACUUCUUCUGCCAAGCCACGGACUCGCGCAUCAACAGCGCUAUGGCCGUGUUGCGCGGACUGGUGCACUUGCUUGUCAGUCAGCAGCCAGCGCUCACUGCGCACGUUCGCAAAAGGUACGACAAGGCGGGCAAAAGCGUGUUCGAGGAUGCAAACGCAUGGUUUGCUUUGACAGAGAUUUUUGUAGACGUGCUGCAGGACCCAAGCCUGGGCACUUCCUACAUACUUAUUGACGCGCUUGACGAGUGUAUGACCGAUCUGCCGAAGCUGCUUCACUUUGUCGCAAAGCAGUCGUCUGCCUCUUCUCGUGUCAAGUGGAUAGUGUCUAGCCGCAACUGGCCAAGCAUUGAAGAACAGCUCGAACAGGCAGAGCAUAAGGUACGGCUGAGCCUUGAGCUGACCGCAGAGUCCGUGUCGGCGGCUGUCAGCGUCUUCAUCCAACACAAGGUGUCUCAACUAGUACGGCUGAAGAAGUACGACAAGUUAACCCACAACGCGGUGCUCCAGCACUUGACGUCGAAUGCCAACGAUACCUUCCUUUGGGUAGCGUUGGUGUGUCAGGAUCUUGAAAAGACAGCCAAACGGAACGUCCUGAAGAAACUGAACUCUUUCCCGCCAGGCCUGGACGCGUUGUACGAGCGGAUGAUGCAGCAGAUUGGCGCAUCAGAUGAUGCUGAGCUUUGCAAGCAGGUGCUGGCUUCCGUUGCGCUUGCGUAUCGGCCGCUCACGCUGGCGGAACUGAUGACGCUCAGGGAGUUGCUCGAAGAUGUUGCCGACGAAGCAGAGGUGCAGGAGAUCAUCAGCUCCUGUGGAUCGUUCCUCACUCUGCGAGAAGACACGGUCUACUUUGUGCACCAGUCUGCACAAGACUACCUCCUUGUGAAAGCGUCUGGCGAGAUCUUUCCAGAUGGCUUCGAAGCCGUUCAUGGUGUUAUGUUUUCGAGGUCGCUCGUGAUCUUAACAAAGACGUUGCAGCGGGAUAUGUACAGCCUAGAAGCACCAGGGGUCUUUAUUAACGACAUUAAACCGCCUACACCAGACCCACUAGCAUCGUCGCGCUACCCGUGCAUUUACUGGAUCGACCAUCUAUGCGACUCGAAACUUAAGUCUUGGGCAACCGAUCUUGAUUAUCUACAAGUCACUGGCAUUGUUAGCGAGUUUGUAAGAAAGAAGUAUCUCUACUGGCUAGAGGGGCUCAGUCUCUACAAGAGUCUGGGAAGAGGUGUAGUCUCGAUGGCGAAACUGUUGUCAUUAGUGCAGGAUAUGCGGGAUCAGGAUCAACUUACUCGGCUCGUUCAAGACGCACGGCGGUUCGUCAUGUAUCACAAAGGAGCAAUCGAGAGUUACCCUCUUCAAACCUAUGCAUCUGCGCUGUUGUUCAGUCCGCCAGGUAGCCUGAUCAGACGGCUGUUUCAGCACGAAGAGCCAAAAGGAAUCUCAAUUUGGCCAGCUACGAGUGAUGGCUGGAGUGCGUGCCUGCAGACCCUCGAGGGCCAUAGCAGUACUGUCACGUCAGUCGCCUUCUCGCACGACUCGGCCCAGCUGGCGUCGGCGUCACUUGACAAGACCGUCAAGAUCUGGGAUGCAAGCAGCGGCGCGUGCCUGCAGACCCUUGAGGGCCAUGGCAAUCGGGUCACGUCAGUCGCCUUCUCGCACGACUCGGCCCAGCUGGCGUCGGCGUCCGGCGCGUGCCUGCAGACCCUCGAGGGCCAUAGCAACUGGGUUACGUCAAUCGCCUUCUCGCACGACUCGGCCCAGCUGGCGUCGGCGUCACUUGACAAGACCGUCAAGAUCUGGGAUGCGAGCAGCGGCGCGUGCCUGCAGACCCUCGAGGGCCAUAGCAGUACUGUCACGUCAGUCGCCUUCUCGCACGACUCGGCCCAGCUGGCGUCGGCGUCGUAUGACAAGACCGUCAAGAUCUGGGAUGCGAGCAGCGGCGCGUGCCUGCAAACCCUGUAUAUCGGCAGAGCUCUUGAUGACUUAUCUUUUGAUCCCACUGGCUCUCGUCUCUAUACUGACAUAGGUACUAUCGUCAUUCAUAGUUCAGAAGUUUCUGGCACAAUUGAUACAGAGGAACUUGGGCGACCCCUGUAUCAAGGUACAAGCCUUAGUGCAGACGACAUAUGGAUCAAGCAUGCUGAUAACAACAUGCUGUGGGUUCCAUCAGAGUAUCGGCCAUCAUGCUCGUCUGUAAGCGGGCUCACAGUUGCCAUGGGUGUUGGGUCUGGGAGAGUAUGGAGUUGCAGGAUCGAUCCUUAACACCUGCCCAGCAUACAUGUUUGUAGCAACCAUGAGCGAGGAAUGAGUCU